GUGUGUGUAACGAAAAUCCCACUUGACGACGACGACCUAAAGAACAACGACUCCGGCGAGUGUCUUUCACUUUCUCAGUAAUCAGACGACAAAAGAAAAUUAUUUAUCUUCUUCAGUUAUAAUCUCAGCUAAGCUCGGUUUUGUGGAUAAUUGUCAGUAAUUUCCGAUCUUGCCCUCCCCCGAGAGAGAGAGCGAGAGAGAGUCCAAUCAGAUCAGUCAUCUCUUACAAAGCUCCGUUUGUCCUAACAUUCACCAGAUUGUUGUUUAUAGCCUCUUCUUAGAUUUACGAUUUGUGAGCUUGUGAAGAUUUCUUGGUAGAAUUAGAGUUCUCUGUUUCGAGAUCGAGAUGAAUAAUAAUAGAGGAAGGUUUCCACCGGGGAUUGGAGCUGCGGGUCCGGAUCCUAAUUUUCAGUCACGGAAUCCGAAUCCCAGUCCUCAUCAAUCUCAGCCUCAACAGUACCUUCAGUCACGGACUCCGUUUCCACAGCAACCUCAAACUCAGCCUCCACAGUAUCUCCAGUCUCAACCUGAUGUUCAGCAGUACGUUCAACGAGGCUAUCCUCAGCAGAUUCAACAACAACAACAACAGCAGCAGCAGCAACAACAACAACAAUGGUCUAGACGCCCUCAGCUUCCUGGUGAUCCAAGUUAUGUAGACGAAGUCGAGAAAACGGUUCAAUCUGAAGCUAUCAGCGAUUCUAAUAAUGAAGACUGGAAAGCAACUUUAAAGCUGCCACCACGAGAUAAUCGUUACCAGACAGAGGAUGUGACUGCCACUAAAGGAAAUGAAUUUGAAGAUUACUUUUUGAAGAGGGAUCUGCUUAGGGGAAUUUAUGAGAAGGGUUUUGAAAAACCAUCUCCUAUUCAGGAAGAAAGCAUUCCAAUUGCUUUAACUGGCAGUGAUAUUCUUGCUAGAGCCAAAAAUGGGACUGGGAAGACUGGUGCCUUCUGCAUUCCUACCCUUGAGAAAAUUGAUCCAGAGAACAAUGUCAUUCAAGCUGUAAUUCUAGUUCCAACCCGAGAGUUGGCCCUUCAGACAUCCCAGGUUUGCAAGGAGCUUUCGAAAUAUUUGAAAAUUGAGGUUAUGGUCACCACUGGCGGUACCAGUCUGAGGGAUGAUAUCAUGCGAUUAUAUCAACCUGUCCAUUUGUUGGUUGGAACUCCUGGAAGAAUAUUAGAUCUUGCCAAAAAGGGUGUGUGUGUUUUGAAAGAUUGUGCGAUGCUUGUAAUGGAUGAGGCCGACAAGCUUUUGUCUGUAGAAUUUCAACCGUCUAUAGAGGAGUUGAUACAGUUCUUGCCAGAGAACCGUCAGAUUCUGAUGUUUUCGGCUACAUUUCCUGUCACUGUGAAGUCUUUCAAGGAUCGAUAUCUCAGGAAGCCUUACAUUAUCAAUCUCAUGGAUCAGCUCACACUUAUGGGUGUUACCCAAUAUUAUGCUUUUGUUGAAGAGAGACAGAAGGUGCACUGCCUUAACACGCUAUUCUCUAAGCUACAAAUAAACCAGUCCAUUAUCUUUUGCAACUCUGUUAAUCGUGUUGAGCUGUUAGCCAAGAAAAUAACAGAACUCGGUUACUCAUGCUUCUAUAUCCAUGCAAAGAUGGUUCAAGACCAUCGGAACAGGGUUUUCCAUGAUUUCCGCAAUGGUGCAUGCAGAAAUCUUGUUUGCACUGAUUUGUUUACACGUGGGAUUGACAUUCAAGCUGUGAAUGUGGUCAUAAAUUUCGAUUUUCCUAGGACUUCUGAGUCGUAUCUACAUAGGGUAGGCAGAUCAGGACGAUUUGGACACCUUGGGUUGGCUGUGAAUUUGGUAACUUAUGAGGACCGCUUCAAAAUGUAUCAGACUGAGCAAGAACUUGGAACCGAAAUCAAGCCCAUACCUUCACUUAUCGACAAGGCAAUCUACUGUCAGUAACUUCUACCUGGUGUACAUUCUCCACCCGGCAAUGCAUUGAUGGAUUAACGGGUGUAUUGAGGCGGCAAAUCAUUCAGCUUUGGCAGCCACUAGCUCGUUCUAGAGAUGAAGGUAACACACAGAGUACUGUACUGAGGCAAGAAGUGGCAGUAUAGGUGGUUGAUGGCGAUAGAAGCAGUUGAUUGUAUCUAAACCUUUAAAGCAGUACCGGCUUGAUUUGGUUUGGUUUGAAGACUUCUUCUGCUGCAUGAUAUGAACCUUAAACUUGUCUUCUCUCAUCUCUCAUUUCCAUGUUCUAAGAGACCUUUUGCCUUUUCAUUUUCAUGUUCUCUCUCAUCUUGAAGACUUGGGAGGAAUUUCCGAGUAGUGAGAUCAAACCGAAGAAGAUAUUUUUACUUCAUUCGCUUGUUUAUUGCUUUUAGAUCUCCACCUGUGUCUAAACUAUCAAAGGGUUUUAGUUGAUUUGUGUGUCAA